CUACUACGCACUUCAAUCAGAAGAUAUUCCUACAAGAGUUAACUAUGCCAGAUCACGAAUAUAUGUUACGCGGGUUGCUUGAACAUAUAGCUAAGGAACAAAACUAUAAAGAUGCAAACAUCAAAGUCGAACCAAUUUCCAGUGGCGGUGCUAAUUAUACAUCAGUCCUGUUUAACACAACAAUCUUAGCACCAAACCGGAAAGACUUGAAACUCUUCGCUAAAGUUGCUAAUCUAUGUGAAAAAAGCCGGACUCUUGUGCCUUCAUCAAUUUUCGAUACAGAAAGAUUCGUAUACAGAGAUUUAGCUGAAGUCUUCAAAGUAAUCGAAAGAAAAUGCAAUAUUCCAGAAACGGAAAGAUAUGUUUUUCCUAAAUUCUACGGUUACAACCCGAAUAUUUACGAAGAAACUAUCGUUUUGGAGAAUUUAGCUGCUCAGGGAUACGUUGUGUAUGACAGACUUAAAUCUGUCGAUUGGCCUUACGCUUCUAAAGCUGUGGAGACCCUCGCUAGAUUUCACGCACUUGCAAUGGCUUAUGAAGAUAAAAACCCAGAGGAAUAUCAUAAACUACUAGAGAAACUAAACAAACAAAUUGAACCAGCAUAUGACACAAUGAGUGGGAAUUUUCAAAAUUUUGUAAAAACAGCUUUGUCAGCCACAAGAAAGGAAAAUAAGGAGAGAUUGCAAAAAUAUUUUGAUAGGGAGCUCUCACUGAAGGGAAAUAUAUUUAAUAGAUACACAAAAGUAAAUCGUCGACCCGUAAUUAUUCAUGGUGAUUAUAGGCCGAGCAAUAUAAUGCAUCGAGUGAAUAAGGACGGCUCAGUGGACCUGAUUCCCCUGGACUACCAGACCAUCCAAGCGGGCUGCGGUAUCGCGGAUCUCCUGUACUUCAUAUUCAGCGGAUCCGACUCCCAAUUCCGAGCGCGCCACUACACCCGCCUGGUGGACCACUACUACGACAGUUUGAGCAAAGCCUUACUGAAGCUGCAAUUGGACCCUCAAAAGGUCUACCCCAGAGAAGACUUUGAUUAUGAACUGCAAGAAGCGCUCCCAUUCGGCCUCAUUUGCGCCGUGUUCCUUCUUCCCGUGAUCACCGUGGAGUCGGAAGACGCCCCGGACAUCAACGCUGACGACGUCUGGAGCAGCAUAGCCAACACCAAGACCAGCCGCCACUACCCUGAGAGGCUGAACGGCGUCGUAGACGAUUACAUCAAAUGGGCCAUACUCUGAUGUUUUUGUUGAUUUUGUUAAGUUUAGUAAAGUGAUUGUUUAUUUAUUA